CCAUAACCUGGAAGGAAAUUACUGUCAUCAGGAAUAAACUUCCUGGGUUGUGCUGCGGCCGGGGCAGUGCGGAAGAGAAGCGGCAGCAGGCGGAGAUGGGUUUGACCAGCGGCACAAGUAGGAGAAAAGAAAAAAAAAUCUAUUGAAGUUGAAAAGUGUGGGAAGCCUCUUGUCUGCUUCACUUCUGGGCAUCGUAGCCCUGGGCUGCAGUGCAGGUUCAAGGCUGUAGGUUCUAGCUGACACCCAGGCUUCCUUGUAAUGAUGCCGUCACGUACAAAUCUGACUGCUGGGAUUCCCAGUAGCAAAGUGAAAUAUUCCAAGCUCUCCAGCACUGAUGAUGGAUAUAUUGACCUGCAGUUCAAGAAGAGCCCACCAAAAAUCCCCUACAAGGCAAUUGCACUGGCUAUUGUGCUCUUCAUGAUUGGGACCUUCCUCAUUAUCAUAGGAGCCCUCCUCUUGGCAGGAUACAUUAGCAAAGGCGGAACGGACCGGGCUAUCCCCGUGCUCAUCAUUGGGAUCCUUGUGUUUCUCCCAGGCUUCUACCACCUGCGCAUCGCGUACUACGCUUCCAAAGGCUACCGGGGCUAUUCCUAUGACGAUAUCCCAGAUUUCGAUGAUUGAACAGUGUAAUUAAUCGCAUUAUAAUUAGGUUGGCGGUAAGAGCUGUUAGUUACCCUGGAUAUCAGAGGGGGCCUGUAAGAUUGUAGAUGAAGUAUAUCCAUCACAAGAUGCCAGUUCCUGGUUUUGAGGUGUUGCAGGUUUUUCAUUUGGGGGUGGGGGGGGCUUGAAGACAGAAUUGACCAAAAGGAUUGCAACGUUAGGUGGGAAGAACAUGUGAUUUACUGUAUUUUUCCACUUUUGGUUACAUAAUGCUGGUUGCUUGUAAGAAAUUCUUGGGCAAGGCAAUUCUAGCAAUUUUCCAAAAAUAGAUGAGCCAGUUUCAGCAGCAAAGAUAUUUGUUUUUUCUAACUGUUUUAUAGAGUUUAUUUUAGUUUUCAGUGAGACUGUGGUUAUCACUGGGUUUACCUUUGCAGACAAACACCAUAGUUAAAUUCUGCUUUUGUGCUCUGUCCAUCAGAAAUGCUUCCAAUCUACUUGUCAUGUGCUCAUCUAGAGUAACGCAAGUCAGAUGUGUACAACAGGGGGAAAACUGCACUUGCAUGAAAUAAUUUACACGUGCAUUAACUAUACAACUCCCUGUCAGAAUGACCAAACUUAUUUACUCAGCGAACCCAUACUUCAGAAGCAAGCUUUUUACCACGCCACUGUUACUUUUGGCAAAAUCUGCUUAUCCUUUAAAAGGACUGCUGGAUUUUGCUUAUUUCAAACAAACUGAAUGGACACAGGAAGAUGAAUUUGGAAUCUGGAUCAGGAGUCAAGUGUCUAAAUGAAAAAUCUUGGUUUUGACUAGUGUGGAUAUUGGAGACUCUUGAACUUCAUCUGUCUGUAUGUCUAUUUGGAUUAAUUUUGCCCUUUUCUAGAUAAUACACUGUGCAUAACUCCCUAGACCAGUAAAAAGGAAAUCUCUGUAUAAUUUGUACUGAAUAAAUCCCAUCUGUAUUGUUUUGCUAGCUUCAGUGAUAUGUUCUUCAGGGAAAACAGAUUGGUAGCUUGUUUUAUGUAAAAACUGUCUGUCUCCAGAAGUGGGAAUGAACUCAGUGUCCUGGAGAACAAGUAUGUGACAAAUAGUGAUACAAGUAGAUGUAUUUAAUGUGAAUAAACUUCACUAUAUUCUGUGUACAAA